AUGGAGUUAUCAGGAUUGAAAAAGAAGAGUUUGCUAGGACUCAAAGAAAAUAAUAAAAAAUCCAACACUAGGGCUCCCUCACCAACCAAGCGCAAGGAUAGGUCUGAAGAGAAAUCAAAGGAUCGGGCCAAGGAUAAAGCAGCUACUAAGGAAUCAGGUGAAAAGGAUCGUGGUCGAGACAAGACACGCAAAAGACGCAGUGCUUCCAGUGGGAGCAGCAGUACCAGAUCCCGUUCCAGCUCAACUUCCAGUUCAGGGUCCAGUUCCAGCACCGGUUCUAGCAGUGGCUCUAGCUCCUCUUCUGCCUCGAGCCGCUCUGGGAGCUCCAGCACCUCACGCAGUUCCAGUUCCAGCAGCUCCUCUGGAUCUCCAAGUCCCUCUCGACGGAGACAUGACAACAGGAGACGCUCCCGCUCCAAGUCCAAGCCACCCAAGAGAGAUGAAAAGGAGCGGAAGAGGCGGAGCCCAUCACCCAGACCUACAAAAGUGCAUGUUGGAAGGCUCACUAGAAACGUGACCAAGGAUCACAUCAUGGAAAUUUUUUCCACUUAUGGAAAGAUUAAAAUGAUUGACAUGCCAGUUGACAGGCUAAAUCCACACCUCUCUAAAGGUUAUGCUUAUGUGGAGUUUGAGAGCCCUGAUGAUGCAGAGAAAGCCCUGAAACACAUGGAUGGAGGUCAGAUUGAUGGUCAGGAGAUCACUGCCACAGCUGUGCUGGCACCACGGCCUAGGCCACCUCCCAGACGCUUUAGCCCACCCAGGAGGAUGCUGCCACCACCACCUAUGUGGCGCAGAUCACCCCCUCGCAUGAGGAGAAGGUCCCGGUCUCCUAGGCGCAGAUCCCCCGUUCGCCGGCGAUCAAGAUCCAGAUCUCCUGGACGAAGGCGCCAUCGCAGCCGCUCCAGCUCAAACUCCUCACGAUAAAGCAAAAAGACUGGACAGCGUUUUAUUUUUUAACUUAAAUCCCGUCAGACUAAAUGUUGUACCUUUUUUUUUAUAAUGGGUCUGGGUGAGGAGGAGUGUGAGAGAGAGAGUAUCCUGGCAGUGAAGGCAACCUAAGAGGAGAGAGCAACAGUUCCUGGCCAGUAGAUAGCCUUUGCUGUGCCACUUCUAUUUGUCCUGGCAUUGAAUUGAAAUUAU